GUCCUUUGCCACGCGCGUGAUAGGAAGAGAACGGCUCCUGACUCAUUCAAACUCUUGUAAACAUUGGUAUGGUUUUGUUGCGGAAAGACGUGUUUCUGUGUCGGUGAGCAAUCGACCAGGUAGUGACGGAUACCGAUACUUGACUGGACCCGGUAGUUUGAGUGUUUAUUUUUGGUUUAGGACCAACUUUGGACGUUGUAACGUUACCUACGGUGACUACUAGCUAACUAGUCCGCAGCCAUUUCAGCGUUGGAUGGGCGUGUAGGAGUUCGCUAACUUUUUCUCUGGUAGGUUAAAGUAGCGUCUACCGUCUCGCUGUAUAGUGUUUGGACACUCUUUAGCCAAUACCUUUAUUUUAAGGUAGAUAGAAGUCGGCUAGCUUUGUGUUUUUUGUGCGAGAAAAGCCACUGCAACAGUAGCGGGGGUCCAACCGCGUGAUUUUCCCGUCGACGAAGCCGGGGUUUAAAUCCUGAAAAUGUCGAGCUACAGCCGCCAUCGGCACGGAUCCCCCUCCCCGAAAUCUCGACCCAUUCGUCAGAAAUUACAGUUUACAUCCAGCGACGGGGAGGACGACCCGAUUGAGGACGUCAACAACAGCACCGGAGGAGAAUCAGGCUUCACGGAGAUGGAUUCACCGACGCCAGUGCGACGGGACGCCGUCGAUAAGCGGCUGGAGGGGAGCAGCAGCCCCCUGAACCAGUCCGGCAGGGACGACGACGUGGAGCUGUGGGACGAGGAUAGUUUUGGCUCCCCGUCCCACCUGCGGUCACCGGGCAGUGUUAUCUUCGCCAACUGCUCGCCGUCACCGAGGAAGACUUCUCGGCUGUACGGAGGGUCACCGGAGCGGUCCUACGUCCAGGACGACGGGGAAGGAUCCAGCUCCCCGAUCCCGGACUGCCCCGACACACCUCCGCAUAAAACCUUCAGAAAACUGCGACUUUUUGACACACCGCACACGCCAAAGAGUUUGCUGUCCAGAGCCAGGGGCUCCGCUCCGGGAUCCUCUAGCAGGAGAGUUGCCCUGUUCAAGAAUGUGGAGCCUUCAGGGAAGUCGAUCACAGACAGCAGCAGAAGACAGCAGACCCCCCUGGUCAACUUUAACCCCUUCACCCCAGACUCCCUGCUCAUCCAGUCCGCCACACAACAGAGAAACAACAGAAAACGGGCACACUGGAAUGACUCUUGUGGAGAAGACAUGGAGGCAAGUGACGGCGAGGGAGAGGAGGAGGUCUUACCACCGUCCAAGAGGAUCACCAUGAUGGAAAGUAACAUGAUGUCCAGGUACACCUCAGAGUUCCUAGAGCUUGAGAAGAUUGGCUGUGGGGAGUUUGGUGCUGUGUUCAAGUGCGUGAAAAGACUUGACGGCUGCAUCUACGCAAUCAAGAGAUCAAAGAAACCUCUGGCAGGAUCAGUAGAUGAGCAGAAUGCCUUACGGGAAGUGUAUGCCCAUGCUGUGCUGGGCCAACAUCCCCACGUGGUGCGUUACUACUCAGCCUGGGCCGAGGACGACCACAUGCUCAUCCAGAAUGAGUACUGCAACGGCGGCACGCUCUCCGAUGUCAUCGCAGAGAACUACAGACGGCUCAGUUACCUGACGGAGCUGGAGCUGAAAGAUCUGCUGCUGCAAGUCACACGAGGGCUCAAGUACAUCCACUCGACUUCUCUGGUGCACAUGGACAUCAAGCCCAGCAACAUCUUUAUUUCACGGAAGUCUGUAGCCAGCUGUGAUGAAUGUGAUGAAGAUGAUGGACUUGCCACCAGCGCUGUUUACAAAAUAGGUGAUCUUGGUCAUGUGACAAGAGUGAACAAUCCACAAGUGGAGGAGGGUGACAGCAGAUACCUGGCCAAUGAAGUUUUACAAGAGGACUACAGUAACUUGACGAAGGCGGACAUCUUUGCUCUGGCUCUGACUGUUGUCAGCGCCUCAGGGGCCGAGCCUCUUCCUACUAAUGGAGACAAAUGGCACGAGAUCCGACAGGGCAAACUCCCCGCUAUCCCCCAAGUACUUUCUCCAGAGUUUCUCAGUCUCCUCAAGUUGAUGAUCCACCCUGAUCACAGUAGACGGCCAUCAACAUCAGAACUCAUAAAACACCCGGUGCUUCUCACUGCUGCCAGAAUGAGUGCAGACCAGCUGAGAGUCGAACUCAACGCAGAGAAGUUCAAGAACGCACUGCUUCAAAAGGAGCUAAAGAAGGCGCAGAUGGCUAGAGCUGUAGCAGAGGAGAAGGUUUUGUCCACCGACAGGAUCCUGACCCGCUCCACAGUCCAGUCCAACCCCAGAACCUCCAGACUCAUCGGCAAGAAGAUGAAUCGAUCGGUCAGCCUCACCAUCUACUGAGACUUUAAUCCACCCUGACAGGACGUGAAACACGAAGGCUCAUGGACCUUUUAAUCAGAACCGUUCAGACGAGACUGUCUCUUUUUUGUUUUUCUUUUCGAAGAGAACCCUGUCAGGCACGGUGUUGGGCUCUUCCGCCCAAUCAAAGCUGUAGACUGUUACUACACCAAACUGGAACUCAUUCCUAUAGACUCUUAAAGGGUAACUGCGGUGUUUUUCAACAGGGACCUUUUCUCCUGUGCUCUUGUGUCAACGUGACUAUUGAGGGGAAAAGUUUUGAAUCUGGUCCAGUAUUAAGCUGCAGCCAUAAGGGUUACAGCGUAAUCCUUCAGGGCGAUUGUCUGGUCUCGCUCAAGGAGAAGGCUCAUAUGAAAAUGGUUGACACAAAUAAGGUCCCGGUUGAAAAAUACAGAAGUUACCCUGUAAUGCCAACAUGGUUCAGCCCUUUUUCCCAGUGGACUGGACUUGGAAUAAAGUAUCAUUCCUCAAAGGUAGUUACUGUACCUUUUACAUUCAGUCAUUCCUUAAGUUUGCAUAGACGUCAGGCUCUCUCUCCAUUCCUGUCCCUGCACUUCCCUCGACAAAGCCGAAGCCAAUUGUUGGCGGAUCAAAAGCCGCAGUGAAGUUCUCUUCAGUGUGAAUGUACUUGCCGUAGCCGUGCGCACCUUACUGCCUGUCAAAUGCCUGAUGCUGGGUACCAGGGGGUCUGAGAACUGAUUUCUGUGUUUGUAAUGGAGCACUUUGGAGGCAACACGUGGAACUUGCCACGUUUUUUGUUUUUUUUUUUAAAAGAAAAAAGAAACCCUUGCUGCUAUUGAUGUUUUGUGUGUAUCAGGGUUUGGCUAGUUUCAGCUUGGAUCGUUCUAGAGGUCAUUGGCUCUUAUUUUCAAGUAGCAGGAGUCCAUUUCCCCCCAUUUAAUGUCCGUUUCAUUUUUCUGGUUGGAUGGAAAAUGGCUGAAUCCAUUUGAGGAAAAUCAUCAAAUUGGUUUGAAGUACCAAAGCCAGUGCGUUGACUCAUUAUGUGGAAGGGUAGAAUUGAUCCGUACUUUGAUUUCCCCUGUUGAUUGGUGCUGCCAACCCUGCCUUGUAGCAUUAGAACAAUCAUUGUCCUGUUCUUUGGAUCAUCCUUUGUUCUGUUAUUUUCUUUUCCCACAAGGCUCAUUUUCAAUUAAUGUUUAGAAGUAUUCCUCAUCUCUUUGUUCUUGUAACCUCUGACACAAAAUCCCUCCCUGUUGUUGUAACUUGUAUGUUCUUUUAAUAAAUUCUCACCAUCUACACUU